GCAAGAUUUCUUACCUAGAUGGCUAAAGAUUUUGAAUGAGAUUUGUGAAGGGACUUUUAAGUUCUUUUUUGUUUGAUUUCUGUAAGGAACCUUAUAAAAAAGCAAUUUUAUUCAUUUAAUCUUUUAGAUGGCUCUGUGUACCAAUUACAGAACGCAACCCAUUGCUUUUGUGGCAUUUUCGAACCUUUCUUUUCUAGCACCUUGCAAGUGAACAAUUUUAUCUAGGUCAAAACUUUCCCACUGUGGCCACUGUAACUCUUAAGUUAUCCUCAGCAAAGUUAACCCAUUUUUCCAAAAAUACACAUGGUCCUCAUAAUUUUUGUUCAUGAAGUUAGCCACUGUCCCAGAAGGUGGAGUCCCAGACUCCUUAGAUUUGGAGGAACUUGCUUUCAAAAGGCACCUGCCUGAGGCUUCUAACUGGAUCCACUCCAGUUAAUUAUCAGAUCUGAUUUGCUCUUGGACCCAGUCCUGUCUAAGAAUUGUUCAAACGAACUUGGAGAACUCAAAACACAAAUUCCUGAAGCUUGGAAUCUGAGAUGGAACUGAUGCCUGACCUCCAGCUGCUGCAAGAGAACAACUGGCACAGUGUACCCUGUCAGGACUCCAACCUGUCUGUGCACACAGACAACCCGGACCUCACUCCCUGCUUCCAGAACUCCCUGCUGGCCUGGGUGCCCUGCAUCUACCUAUGGGUCGCCCUGCCCUGCUACCUGCUCUACCUGCGGCAUCACAGUCGUGGCUACAUCAUCCUCUCCCACCUGUCCAGGCUCAAGACGGUCCUGGGUGUCCUGCUGUGGUGCGUCUCCUGGGCGGACCUCUUCUAUUCCUUCCAUGGCCUGGUCCAUGGCCGGGCCCCUGCCCCUGUUUUCUUUGUCACCCCGCUGGUGGUGGGCAUCACCAUGCUGCUGGCCACCCUGCUGAUCCAAUAUGAGCGGCUACAGGGAGUCCAGUCAUCAGGGGUCCUCAUUAUCUUCUGGUUCCUGUGUGUGGUCUGUGCCAUCAUUCCCUUCCGCUCCAAGAUCCUUUCAGCCAAGGCAGAGGGCGAGAUCUCAGAUCCCUUCCGCUUUACCACCUUCUACAUCUACUUUGCCCUGGUACUCUCUGCCCUCAUCUUGGCCUGCUUCAGGGAGAAACCUCCGUUUUUCUCUGCAAAGAAUGUCGACCCUAACCCUUACCCCGAGACCAGCGCUGGCUUUCUCUCCCGCCUGUUUUUCUGGUGGUUCACAAAGAUGGCCAUCCAUGGCUACUGGCAUCCCCUGGAGGAGAAGGACCUCUGGUCCCUGAAGGAGGAGGACAGAUCCCAGAUGGUGGUGCAGCAGCUGCUGGAGGCAUGGAGGAAGCAGCAGAAGCAGACGGCACGACACAAGGCUGCAGCGGCGCCAGGGGAAAAAGCCUCCAGCGAGGACGAGGUGCUGCUGGGGGCCCAGCCUAGGCCCCGACAACCCUCCUUCCUGCAGGCGCUGCUGACCACCUUCGGCUCCAGCUUGCUCAUCAGCACCUGCUUCAAGCUGAUCCAGGACCUGCUCUCCUUCAUCAACCCGCAGCUGCUCAGCGUCCUAAUCAGGUUUAUCUCCAACCCCAUGGCCCCCUCCUGGUGGGGCUUCCUGGUGGCUGGGCUGAUGUUCCUGUGCUCCAUGAUGCAGUCGCUGAUCUUACAGCAAUAUUACCACUGCAUCUUUGUGACCGGACUGAAGUUCCGUACCGGGAUUAUAGGUGUCAUCUACAGGAAGGCUCUGGUUAUCACCAAUUCAGUCAAACGUGCAUCCACCUUGGGGGAAAUUGUCAACCUCAUGUCAGUGGAUGCCCAGCGCUUCAUGGACCUUGUUCCCUUCCUCAACCUGCUGUGGUCGGCACCCCUGCAGAUCAUCCUGGCAAUGUACUUCCUCUGGCAGAACCUAGGUCCCUCUGUCCUGGCUGGAGUUGCUCUCAUGGUCUUGCUGAUUCCACUCAACGGAGCUGUGGCCGUGAAGAUGCGUGCCUUCCAGGUGGAGCAAAUGAAAUUGAAGGACUCACGCAUCAAGCUGAUGAGUGAGAUCCUGAAUGGCAUCAAGGUGCUGAAGCUGUACGCCUGGGAGCCCAGCUUCCUGCAGCAGGUGGAGGGCAUCAGACAGCAUGAGCUCCAGCUGCUGCGCAAGGCAGCCUACCUCCAUGCCAUAUCCACCUUCAUCUGGAUCUGCAGCCCAUUCCUGGUGACCCUGAUCACCCUCUGGGUGUACGUGUAUGUGGACCCAAACAAUGUGCUGGACGCCGAGAAGGCCUUCGUGUCCGUGUCCUUGUUUAAUAUCUUAAGAAUUCCCCUCAACAUGCUGCCCCAGUUAAUCAGCAACCUGACUCAGGCCAGCGUGUCUCUGAAACGAAUCCAGCACUUCCUGAGCCAAGAUGAACUUGACACCCAGUGUGUGGAAAGAAAGACCAUCUCCCCAGGCUAUGCCAUCACCAUACACAGUGGCACCUUCACCUGGGCCCAGGGCCUUCCCCCCAGCCUGCACAGCCUAGACAUCCAGGUCCCAAAAGGGGCACUGGUGGCCGUGGUGGGGGCUGUGGGGUGUGGGAAGUCCUCGCUGGUGUCCGCCCUGCUGGGAGAGAUGGAGAAGCUAGAAGGUGAAGUGCACGUGAAGGGUUCCGUGGCCUAUGUGCCCCAGCAGGCAUGGAUCCGGAACUGCACUCUUCAGGAAAACGUGCUGUUUGGCCAAGCCCUGAACCCCAAGCGCUACCAGCAAGCUCUGGAGGCCUGUGCCUUGCUAGAUGACCUGAAGAUGCUGCCUGGUGGGGACCAGACAGAGAUUGGAGAGAAGGGCAUUAACCUGUCUGGGGGCCAGCGGCAGCGGGUCAGUCUGGCUCGAGCUGUUUACAGUAAUGCGGAUAUUUUCUUGCUGGAUGACCCACUGUCUGCGGUGGACUCCCACGUGGCCAAGCACAUCUUUGACCACGUCAUCGGGCCAGAAGGUGUGCUGGCAGGCAAGACACGCGUGCUGGUGACCCACGGCAUCAGCUUCCUGCCCCAGACAGACUUCAUCAUCGUGCUCGCUGAUGGACAGGUGUCUGAGAUGGGCCCCUACCCAGCCCUGCUGCAAUGCAAUGGCUCCUUUGCCAACUUUCUCCGCAACUAUGCCCCCAAUGAGGACCAAGAACACCGGGAGGACAGCUGGACCGGUGCGGAGGAUGAGGAGGUGCUGCUGGUUGAAGACACACUCAGCAACCACACAGAUCUGACAGACAAUGACCCAGUCACCUUUGCAGUCCAGAAGCAGUUUAUGAGACAGCUGAGUGCCCUGUCCUCGGAUGGGGAGGGACAGGGUCAGCCUGCACCCCGGAGGCGCCUGGCUCCAUCAGAGAAGGUGCAGGUGACAGAGGUGAAGGCAAACAGGGCACUGACCCAGGAGGAGAAAGCAGAGACCGGCACUGUGGAGCUGAGUGUGUUCUGGGAUUAUGCCAAGGCUGUGGGGCUCUGUACCACACUGGCCAUCUGUCUCCUGUAUGCGGGUCAAAGUGCAGCUGCCAUUGGGGCCGAUGUGUGGCUCAGUGCCUGGACAAAUGAUGCCAUGACAGACAGUAGACAGAACAACACUUCCCUAAGGCUGGGUGUCUAUGCCACCUUAGGAAUUCUGCAAGGGUUCCUGGUGAUGCUGUCGGCCAUGGCCAUGGCAGUGGGUGGCAUCCAGGCUGGCCGUGUGUUGCACCAGGCACUGCUGCACAACAAGAUACGCUCGCCACAGUCCUUCUUCGACACCACACCCUCAGGCCGCAUCCUCAACCGAUUCUCCAAGGACAUCUAUAUCAUUGAUGAGGUUCUGGCCCCUGCCAUCCUCAUGCUGCUCAAUUCCUUCUUCAACGCCAUCUCCACUCUUGUGGUCAUCGUGGGCAGCACGCCGCUCUUCACGGUGGUCAUCCUGCCCCUGGCUGUGCUCUACACCUUGGUGCAGCGCUUCUAUGCAGCCACAUCACGGCAACUGAAGCGGCUGGAAUCUGUCAGCCGUUCACCUAUCUACUCCCACUUUUCGGAGACAGUGACUGGUGCCAGUGUCAUCCGGGCCUACAACCGCAGCCGGGACUUUGAGGUCAUCAAUGAUACUAAGGUGGACACCAACCAGAGAAGCUGCUACCCCUAUAUCAUCUCCAACCGGUGGCUGAGCAUCGGAGUGGAGUUUGUGGGGAACUGCGUGGUGCUCUUUGCUGCGCUCUUUGCUGUCAUUGGGAGGAGUAGCCUGAGCCCAGGGCUGGUGGGCCUCUCCGUGUCCUACUCCUUGCAGGUGACACUUGCUCUGAACUGGAUGAUACGAGUGAUGUCAGAUUUGGAGUCUAACAUUGUAGCUGUGGAGAGAGUCAAGGAGUACUGCAAGACAGAGACAGAGGCGCCCUGGGUGGUGGAGGGCAGCCGCCCUCCCAAAGGCUGGCCCCGACGUGGGGAGGUGGAAUUCCGGAAUUACUCUGUGCGCUACCGGCCGGGCCUAGACCUGGUGCUGAGAGACCUGAGUCUGCAUGUGCAUGCUGGCGAGAAGGUGGGGAUCGUGGGCCGCACCGGGGCUGGCAAGUCCUCCAUGACCCUCUGCCUGUUCCGCAUCCUGGAGGCAGCAAAGGGUAAAAUCCUCAUCGAUGGCCUCAACGUGGCGGAUAUCGGCCUCCAUGACCUGCGCUCUCAGCUGACCAUCAUUCCCCAGGACCCCAUCCUGUUCUCCGGGACCCUGCGCAUGAACCUGGACCCCUUUGGCAGCUACUCAGAGGAGGACAUUUGGCGGGCCUUGGAGCUGUCCCACCUGCACGAGUUUGUGAGCUCCCAGCUGGCAGGCCUGGACUUCCAGUGCUCUGAGGGCGGGGAGAAUCUCAGUGUGGGCCAGAGGCAGCUCGUGUGCCUGGCCCGAGCCCUGCUCCGCAAAAGCCGCAUCCUGGUUUUGGAUGAGGCCACAGCUGCCAUCGACCUAGAGACUGACGACCUCAUCCAGGCUACCAUCCGCACCCAAUUUGAUACCUGCACUGUCCUGACCAUCGCACACCGGCUUAACACUAUCAUGGACUACACCAGGACAUAUCUUGGAGCCCAGGAGGCUGAGAAUAGAAUAAAGUCAGCCCCUUCCCACGGAGGAGCACUUCUCCAGGAUGAGGAGAGCCUUUCUCCUCCCACUGCACCCUGGUGGAGCCAGCCCACUGGCCUUGUACCAGGGUCCUGGUCCUGGACAAAGGAGUUGUAGCUGAAUUUGAUGCUCCGGCCAACCUCAUUGCAGCUAGAGGCAUCUUCUACGGGAUGGCCAGAGACGCUGGACUUGCCUAAAACAGAUUCCUGGGAUUUCCCCUUGUCCUUUCCUGGUUUUCAUCAGGAAGGAAAUGACACCAAGUAUGUCCGCAGAACGGACUUGAUGGCAAACACUGGGGGCAUCUUAGAUUUUGCAUCUGUAAAGUCCCUCACAGGGUAACUAUGCUCAAUGCUUUAGGUGAGGAAGUGAGCCCCAAGAGGUGAAUGACAUGCCUAAGGUCACAGCUAGUUUGAGGCAGUUAGAUCAGUCCCCAGUCUCCCAAUUCCCAACCUAGUGUUAUUUGCACACUGCACUGUUUUCAAAUAAUGAUUUUAUGAAAUGACCUCUGUCCUCCCUCUGAUUUUUCAUAUUUUCUAAAGUUUUUUCUUGUUUUUAAUAAAAAGCUUUUUCCUACUGGAACAGAAGACUGUUGCCGGGUCAGGCCACCCCUCAGAACUAAGUCCUAUACUCUGGGGUCCUGCCUCAAGCCACUAAAAACAGAGCACUGAUGAAAUAAAACUGCAUGGUCAACAGUA